AUGGCAAGUGCUGAAUCACUAGUCGAACCGUUGGAUCCCGAUGAUUCUUAUCAAAAAUUAUUGAAACUAAGUGAAGUUGGUGGAGGUGUGUUGCAUAAUUUUUAUGGCAUUGAUAAAGCAGCAUUCAAUAUUAACAUAAUCGACAAAAUAGUAUCGUUAUGUCAGAAGAAAGAGUAUGGUAUCAAAGACUUACUCGACUUGCGCGACAUCGUAAAUUUAACGAUCUUCAAUCAGUAUAUUGAAGAAAAAAACAUUGACCGAAUAAACCAAUUGGAAAAGUAUAUUGACGUUUAUUUAUCAGCGAUCUGCCGUUAUAGAAGUCAAAAUUAUCAUUUCGUACGCAAUAAAUUGCUACCAUUGCUGCGCUUAAAAACUAAACCUCCGUUUAGUGAACCUGAUUUGAUCGCCAAAGGUACUGUAUCUCUAAAGUAUCCGGAAUCAGAUGCAAAACGAAAAAUAAAUAAUAACAUUGAUAUUAUUCAAAUGAUACGCUCGCAACAGGCACACAUUAGAAAUACGUCUUAUGAAUUACUAGUUUAUAAUAAUCGGUCAAAUAUUUAUGGCUCCAAACAAAUUAUUUUAACUGGAUCAGUAUUCGUUACUUUGGCUACAUCUUUAAUUAAUUUGCAAAAUGUCAUGCUUAAGAAUAAUAAUGAAAUGGGAUUUUAUGUCAGGCCAUUUUUGGAAGUUCAUACAUUGAAAUGGGAAAUUUAG